AUGAGCGACGAGAGGGUGAAAAUGAGAAAACAGCUAGGGUUGUUGGAAGGGGUCGCCAUUAUUCUUGGCAUAAUUUUUGGCAGUGGCAUUUUUAUAUCUCCCAAAGAAGUUUUAGAAAAAACUGGGUCAGUUUGGGGUGCUUUAUCAGUAUGGGCCGCUUGUGGAGUCCUAGCAACCUUAGGAGCUAUGUCAUAUGCAGAAUUAGGUACAACACUUGCUCAAAGUGGUGGAGACUAUCAUUACAUUAAUGAAGCAUAUGGACCCCUACCAGCCUUUCUGUAUCUAUGGGAUGCUAAUUUGGUGUUUGUGCCAAGUACCAACGCAAUAAUGUCUUUAACAUUUGCCAACAAUAUUCUGGAACCAAUAUUUCCAAAUUGCCCCAUAGACCCUUUAAGUAGGAAGCUUAUAGCUGCUGUAACAAUUUGUUUCUUAACAUUCAUAAAUGCUUAUGAUGUGAGAUUUACAACACGUGUUCAAAAUGUUUUCAUGUUCACCAAAAUAUCUGCACUGGUUAUUAUUAUUAUGGGUGGCAUUGUGUGGAUGGCUAGAGGAGGAACCCAAAAUUUUGAAGAUGGGUGGGUUGGUACCAAAACAUCUGUGAGUGACUGGUCUGUUGCCUUUUAUUCAGGGAUAUUUUCUUACUCGGGCUGGAACUACCUCAACUUUAUGACAGAAGAACUUCGAGAUCCAUUUGUGAAUCUACCACGGGCCAUAUACUUGUCUCUGCCUCUGGUAACAGCCAUAUAUCUUUUAGCAAAUGUGUCAUAUUUGGCCGUGCUGGGACCUACCGGUGUAAGAGCCACUGAAGCCAUAGCUGUUGAUUUCUCUGUAGCUGCAUUGGGUUGGUUUAGAUUUGCGAUGCCCACUCUAGUGGCUAUCGCUAUCGUCGGCGGUCUAUCGGUCCACAUAAUGACGUCAUCGCGGAUGUGUUUUGCGGGGGCAAGGAAUGGCCAUAUGCCUGAACUACUCGCUCAUAUAAAUGUCAAGUGUAUGUCUCCAAUGCCUUCUUUGGUGUUCUUGAUGCUAAUCUCCCUCGUCAUGUUGAUACCUGAUAACCUGACGUCUCUUAUCACCUAUUGCACGGUGGUGGAAUCCUUCUUCACGACAUUAAGCUGCAGUGCAGUGCUAUGGUUAAGAUAUAAGAAGCCACAUUUAGUCAGACCUAUAAAGGUGUCUCUCUGGAUGCCGAUAGUGUUUGUAACAAUCUGCCUCAUCCUCUUAGUGGUGCCUAUUGUGAGUGAACCAGUUGCAGUGAUCGCAGGUGCUUUGAUGACACUCGCAGGUGUUCCUGUGUAUUAUCUGUUGGUGAAAUCUGAACCGAAGGCUGUACGGGAUGUGUCUACUAAGUUUACUCACUUGUGCCAAAAACUCUUCCUUUCCGCGGUGGAGGAUAAGGAGGAG